AAAGAAAGUCAAUGGGAAAUUAUCAAAAGUGGCGCAAAAUGUUGGAACAUUUUUAGAGAGUGCAUUAGCUAGUUAAUCGUCCUUAUUUCGGCUUAUUUCUUUCGUUUUGCUUCUGAUUGGAUUUAGGCAGUACUGAGCAUGAAGUCUGCCAGUACUCCGUACUUUAUACUACUAUUCAUAAUAAUAGUUUUCCAACGUUUGCCAAAAGAAAACAGCCGUACGAAAGGACCAUUGGAAGCUAUUUGUGAAUACGAUAGCCAUGCACUGUGUCCAGAAUGCUUCUCAAUGUUACCAAAGUGUGAUGAUUUGCAUAAACUGUUCGUGCCGCAUGCGGAAAACCUUUUCAAUAGAAUCAACAGUGUGUUUAAUUCACACACGACCAGGAUUGGUGCGUUUCAAAAACAGAACAAUCCAGCUGUAUUGAAACAUACCAAUCGUGGUGAAAUAAUAGAAAAAUUGUUACAAGAAUUUUGUGAGUUGCAUCCACAACCCAAGCAACACUGCACUUCUUGGAAACGCAACGGCAGCGUAGAGGAAGCAAAAGAAUUCAUCAAAGAAUCAAUACUAGAUACUGCAAGGAUUGAAGGCUGCAUCUUUUGUCCAACCACUGGCAAUAGGCAAACAUUGCAACGGUUUUUAGCUUUAUUCGAGCCUGCAGACAAUGAAUUGUGGAAUCUUCUAGCCAUACGCACAAACGUAGAGCCGCUGCUACUAAAACUGUUCUCAAUGCGUGAUACCUAUUUUUAUGUACCAAAACUUUUGGCCACGGUCGGUUUUUCCUUCAUUGAAAGUUACGAAGGACAGACGCUCGAACAUUUUUACGCCCAUCCGUUAGCCACCCGCAUGUUAAUUACUUCGAAGCUAAUAAAAGCGGCAUUUAGAUUUACCGAUGGAAUUCAUGGAUUUCGUAUCUACCUUACCGACAUUAAUCCAGACAACGUGGUAGUGGACGUUGAAAACGGCGGCAGAAACGUUCGGGUCUCCAUUGUUGAUCUAGAUAAUGUCAUCAUAUUGGAUAGCCGGUCUAAAACAUUUUCUACUCGUCAUAACACAUAUCACGUGCAUGGUAGAAUCGAAUGCAAUGGAUGUUUCGCCUACGUUCAGGAAGAUGUUUGUCGUUACUCGAACAGCGACUUGAAUUUCUUUGCUACAUGUCAGUUAUUGUUAGAAAAUGUAAACGGAAGACACGCCGCAGGACUGCUUCAUAAUGAUCAUAGUAAAGGAUUAGAUCAACCAAUGUUGCCACACCGUGAUGAAGCUGUACAAAAUCUACACAAUCUUCUGGAGGAGUGCGUUCACUGUCAACCACCUAACUGCCGAAACAGAUCGCUCAUUUUACAGGAUGUACUAGACAUCAUAGACCGGACAGUACCGCAAUUAUAAUCUAUUAUUUCAUACUCUUUCCUGUAUUAUUGUUGCGUUUUCCACGGAACUGACGAUCCGUACGUUCGUCUUCCUCCAUAGCCUGCACCUUUUGUAUAUAUUCUCGUAAUUCUUUCAGCUCACACAAAGCUUUCUUCGUAAGGUUGCCUUCCGGUGUGGUUGGAUGCUCGAAAACUAACAUACCAACAGCUUCCUUUAAGGCACUUUCGGCUAACUGUAGACGUUCCUGUACAAUAAAAUGAAAAUAUAAAGGAAUUAUGUAAGCAUUCAUCAAUAUGUUACCCAAGCAGAUAACACCGUACCAGCAGUUCAGGAGUUUUAAUUUCCCCUGUGUCAUGGUUGCGGCGUGAUAGAUCAACAAGCGCUGCGUGAUAUUCGUAUAGACCAAUGCCAGUAAGUCGCGAUAUUCCCGGGUCCAAUACACGCAGAACCUGUAGCAUCUCCUCACAUAGUUCUAGCUUACGUUUUAGUGCUUGGCGAGGGACGUUUUGCAAAUCGUAGGACAUACACAUACUGCGAAGCUCUCCGGCAAGGCUUUGCUUCGCUUCCAGCACGAGCGAA